GCGAAUUUUCAUGCUUGAAAGUCUGCUCGAUUACUUGUGCUGUAAAUACCUAUGGAUCAGUGUUGAUCAAGGAUUUUAACAAUAAUAUAUCUAACUUUAAUGGACUUCAGAGUAUGAUGCUAGUAUGCUUGAAGGCCUGGCAGCAUGGGUGUUGAACACGUACGUUGGGGAAUAUUUGGAGAAUCUCAACACAGAUCAGCUUUCAAUCGGUUUAUUACAAGGAGCUGUGGAGCUAGAGAACCUCCCCCUAAAGAAGGAUGCCCUCAAGUCACUGGACCUACCCUUGGAGGUGAAGUCGGGCUAUGUAGGCCGCAUCACCCUGAAAAUACCCGUCAGGCAGUUGAGAAGCGAACCAUGGGUGAUAUCAAUUGAUAAUUUGUACCUCGUCGCUGGACCCAUCGAAAAUAGAGAGUAUGAUGAAGAAAAAGCAAAAGCUCACGAUAUCAGUGCCAAGAAGGCCCAGCUCGAUGCCUUAGAAGCAAAAUGGCAGGGUCAAAGGUCUGACAAAUCUCAACAACAAGCAGGGCAAUCGUGGCUAGCGUAUGGAACCUCACUGGCUACUAACAUCAUAGAAAAUGUACAGCUGCAAAUCAAUAAUGUGCACUUACGUUACGAGGAUGACUGCACUGUCCCAGGGAGUACCUUCGCCUGUGGCAUCAUCAUCAAAAGUCUUUCAGCACAGAGUACGGAUGGACAGUGGGUGCCUAAGUUUGUUAGUCGUGAUAAUUCAGAUGUGAUGCAUAAACUUGUGGAUCUUCAGAACUUUUCAAUAUACUGGGAUGAUGGUGUUGAGCUCAUUGGAGAUCUGCCUCAUUUGGAUCUUGCUGCCGCCUUACAGAAAGACAUGGAUGCCUACUCUUCCAGUUCAAGUGAGGAGUUCACCCAACAUGAUUACAUGGUGCAACCAGUCAGUGCCCAGGCCCAGAUGAAACGCUACACGACGCCCCUACCACUGCGAUCGGUGGCGACACCUAGGAUAGGACUAGAUAUCAAACUAGAGAAGAUCCCACUGUCACUGAGCGAUGUGCAGCAUCUCGGGAUCAUUGCGUGGAUUAAGGAGUUCGAGAGAUAUGAUCGGGGGAGGAAGUACCGGAAGUGGAGACCCACGGUUAAAUUCAAAGAAAACAAAAUCCGCUGGUGGUGGUAUGCCAUAAAGGCCAAUCUGACUACAAUUCAAGAGAGGAGCAUUCGAAGUACCAAGCACUAUAUGCUGAAGAGAGCGAAGGAAAAUGUGAUAUAUGUGAAGGGUUAUACGCAAUACCUCGUCAGCGGAACUGUGGAACAGAAAUAUAAGGUUGUACGAGACUACAUGGAGGAGACGUUGACGUUUGAAGAAUUGAAAAUCCUGCGGGAAGUGGCCAUGGAUCGAGCAUCAAAGGAACUGAAGGACAUGCAGCCCAAGCCGGUAUCAAAAGAGGAACCUGCCGUGAAAUCUCCCUCGGAUAAUCGAGGUGUUCUACAGCGCUGGUGGACAUGGACGGGCUACGGUGCAUCGCCGGAGGCAGCGGAUCAAAACCAUGACAAUGAGGCUGAUUCUUUCUAUGAAGAUGCGAUUGGAGGUCGCAGCGCUGAUGAUUUGCCACCAGCGCCAAAGGUUGCAAAGAUUGAUGAAGCCGAAUUAGAGGAAGCAGAGCAGGAGGUUUUCGACAUGUUAGCAGAAUCGGAAGAAAACAACACGCUGCUUCGGCGUGAUAUCGUCUUCGCUCGCAUCAACUUCUGUCUCGAGGCCGGCUCCUUCAAGAUCUUUAACUCUAACUGUGGCCCUGACAAGAAGAACCAGAGUAUUAUGGAGAUCGAAUGCUCGUCCAUCAAGAUGGGUUUUGAGUCGCGGCCGCGUACAAGUGCUUUCAAGUUCGAUAUCAGUGUUGGCGGUAUCUUCCUCAAGGAUACGUUUAGCGAAGGGUGUAUCUUCCCUGUGCUUCUGUCUCCACAGAAAAAGGAGAGGACAAUGACUCAAUCUCGCUACAUUGGUGCUUUUGGUAACAGCAGCCGACCACCCCUCGCUCAUACUGCUGGAUUGGGCCUGGGUACAUUCGGUACAUCAGAUAAGGAUAACCCUCUUGAGGAAUCAUUGUUUAGCCUCGUGUAUGAACAGACCCCACCGAACUCUGGCACCGAUCAUAGAUUAACAAUCAAGACGAAGCCGUUGGAUAUCGUAUAUAAUCCCACCGCAAUCAAGCGAAUCUCUGACUUCUUCAACUCUCAUAAAAAGGGUCUGGCUUCAAGGACAUCUGAAUUGAAAUUAACAACUGCUGCCAAAACGCGUUAUGAAGAAUUAAAGAAUCAAACAAAAGCGGGUAUAAAACACACUCUGGAUCAACUCCUGGAGGGAGAGGAUGCGAUUCAGGGUAAAAGAUGGGCAAUGGACUUUGACAUAUCUGCCCCCCAGAUCAUCAUUCCUGAGAACUUCAAUGAUCCUAACACGAUUAUGGUGGUGUUUGAUUUUGGUCAUCUCCAGUUCGGUAGCGUGCCACAUAAAAUUGCAGAAAAGGACACUGAAAAAGAUGACAGCACCAUUCCCACUGGCUCAAUCAGUGGGGACCAAAUCAGUGCAGGCGGUGUUGGCCAAAAUCCGUCAAGUCCAGUUCUCAGUGACGUGAUGGGGGAUGAAUUUAGUGACCAAGCGUUACUACAUGAGAAAAUAUAUGAUAGGUACACAUUAGACUUGUCCGACCUGCAGGUCAUGACAGGGAGAGCGCGUGACAACUGGCGACAAUCUCAUUUUAAGGGAACAGGGCACAUGCACGUCGUCGAUAGAUUCAGUAUUUCUCUACAAUUCGAAAGGCGAUUGAUAUACUCAGCCGACCCUAAGUGGCCAAGUGCAACAUUAGCGGGAAACCUCCCAUCAUUGGUUGUCCAUGUCAAUGAGAGUAAGAUCCAAGCGUUAAAAAUGUGCAUGCGUCUGCUGAUGGAGCCAGAGCCAGCGCCCCCGUCGAGUAAAUCCAGCCCUGUAGACGUGCAGGCUGAUUCCAUGGCAGACGUAUCUGAGGCCACAGUCGAUCAGAGCAUGUACUUCAGUACCCAUCCUGCUCUCAGCAAGAGCACAACCAACCUUGCAGAUGGCGAUCAGUCCCGGGAAUAUGCUGCUGACUCACGACAACUAAUCAUGCAGUUCUCGAUCAAUCAGAUGUCGCUUGAAAUCCAAAGUAGAGGUCGUUCUGUGGCUGAACUCCAAGUGUCUGGAGCAAGAGCAAACUUCACCAAGCGCCCGUAUGAUACAUCAAUCAUGCUCACUGUACAUAGCUUACUUGUGGUCGACGCUCUGCAGACAUAUGGACAAGACUUUGAGCUGUUGGUGGCAUCUCAUAGAAAUCUAUGUAUUGAUAGUAAAAGUGGGAGCAUACGUGACUCAGACCCAAACAGCCCAGUGUCACCCCAGUCACCUCAGUCUCCCCAAUCUCCUAGCGAUGACAUGCUAGCAUCAAGAUCCACCUCCGGCCCAUUCAACACAGUGCAAUCAGUCCUCUCCUCUGCGUUCCAAUCCCUAGUCAACUCUGGCUCCUCAUUCCAAGGAUUUCCGAAUUUCACGUCUGCUGCUCAGCCGCCUCCGUUGAGCAUGACGCCACCGGAUUCCGCGUUUUCUACGAACUCGUCUGCCAAUGAUAGUGAGGCUCUCAUCACGGUGGAGUUUGAACAGAUCAGUCCAAAUGGUCCGUCGUCAACGAGUGAAGAGACGGUGCAGUUAUUGAACAUCCAGUUCAACAGCUUGGACAUCAUAGCCAAUACCCAGACCAUCGUAGAACUCCUAAGCUUCUUCAAGCGGGUCUUACCUGAAGAGAAGCGUCCGUCAAACCCUGAUCUACUCGCAGACCUCAAAGAUCCCGCCAACCAAUCGGAGGAAGUCGAGCCGGUCGAAACCACCACCGAAGUGACCGCCGAGUUCCAGAGGCUGAACAUCCUCUUGAUGAGAGCUGUUGAGAAAGACAGCCACAUGGUCGGCAAGAAGGUGGCCACUGCUACUCUUACUGGUGCCAAGAUAGAGGCAACGAUAGUGUUUCAGCCAGAAUUUAAAAAGGGAAAAACUAUGGAAGUGAAAGGGUCCCUUGGAGGACUUCAGAUGAUUGACUUGACCCCGGAGGGGACGCACCAUCAGAAGGUGGUCACGGUUGGCCAUGAUCCAAAUGUGGACAACCCCAUGCCUCAUCAGGCCGACAUGUACAAAACCGCUCACGAAUCCAUGUUCAAAUCAGUUUACAUGCAAGACAUGACGGAGAUUGGAUCGGAGGCAUGUGCGUUAUCAUUUCAUUUACGCCAGGUCAAAGCAAGCGACGAGUCGUAUUUAGGGGAGGACGAUGAUGAUUUACUGAUUCACAGUCAUCUAUACGGCCAGGAGGCACCGAAAGAGGACAGCGUCAAUCUUGUGCUCCGAAUGGCGUCGUUGAUUUAUACGCACUCGCCACAGUUUCUGAACGACUUGUCAGAGUGCGCUACCGAGUUCAAAGACUACAUGUCGAAUGUGGCCGAGUCGUUAAAAUAUGCUGCCACGGAGGUCGCCAUGGGUUUAGUACACAAACGAUCCGAGUUGCUUGGUGCGUCUUUCUAUGGGAGUACGAUGAGUUUAGAUUCUCCGAGCACGUAUCGCAGGAGUAGAAUCAGUAUGUCUCUUGGGGAUAUUCCAGAUGACCUUGAAGGAGAAGGGGACAUUGAGGACGAGAUUAAUCUAAAAAUAGACGCUGUUUUACAAACUCCGAUCAUCGUCCUCCCGAAGACCCAAACGAGUCCAGAAGUUUUGGUGGCACAUCUUGGGAAAAUCUCCAUCAGGAAUGUUAAUCCGGAAGCGCAUCACUCUACGAUGAUGAAUCUGGAUACUCCGAUGCAUCUGGGUAGCGUCGUGGAAAAUAAGGAUCGGAUUUAUGUCGAUAUUCGUGACAUGAGUUUAUAUUCCAUGAAUAUUGACGAAUUGGCACCGAAACUGAAAGGUCUGUCGCAGACAGAGUUGUUCUCUAGGACGGACAUUGGUGAACAGAUACUUCACGAUACCAUGGUCGAGUUGACGAUCGACAAAAUUGACCCGGAGGUGAAAAUUUUGAACUUGACGCAUGAUUUCAGCCUUGGGGAAGACUUCACGCCCCGUGCUGGGGAGUCUGUUCCAACGGAAGAGGAGCAAUCCACAAUCAUGAUAAAGGGACGCGUCGUGAAUCCAUUGCGGGUUGUUCUUGCCAAGAAAGUCUACGAACAAAUAUUGCGAACUGUUGAUAAUAUCACGUACAAUGAGGAUUUCCCCGAGACGAUGGAACAAGGGGACAAAAGGGAUUGCAAGGAGGAGACGUUGGACGAGGCUGCUGAAGACAGUAUGGAACCAGGCGUGUCUGCCUUGAAACUGGACGAAACACUGCAAAGUAUUCUCUUGCAGACGAACAGUAAGAAAAAAUUGGAAGUUACCAAAGAGGCUAAGAAAAACUCCUUUGUGACUUUGAAGGCGAAUUUCGACUUGCCAAUAUUUGAUGUCGAAAUGCGAGGCGAUUUUGCGGAUGGGGAACAAGGUUUGGUGAAUAUCAAAUUUCAGAAUUUUAAUGUUGUGAUGGAGAAAAAUAACCCAACGACAACGUCGAUACAGGUGACACUUCAGGCAUUGGAUAUGGAGGACUUACUUCAAGAGCCGGACUCACGCCAUCGCCACCUGGUGGUGUCGUCUGGAAGUAAAGUCGAACCGUCACAUAAUGCCUCAUCGAAGCCCUUCCUUUCAACAUCAUGUCCCAACAGCACCAUCCUACCUCCUGCUCCUGGUAUGCCGUCAUCGUUGCCGUCUAAUUUGCAUAAAGAAAAUGCGUUUGUGGCUCAUCAUUCCAAAUCGGCGACUGUUGUUCGGGGGAUGAAUAUCAAGGAAUCAAACAAAGGACCGGCUGAGUACCCAUGUACCCCUCCACCAUCCCCGUUCAUGUCACGAUCAACCUCCCAAGAGAAGCUGCCCAUUGGUGAUGCACUCGUACAUAUCAAUGUUCUCCUGGUCGAUAAGAAGUCCCCUGAAUAUACUCAGAAGUACAACAAGACCAACAGGUUCGUCGACGUUGACUUCAACUCGUUGGACACCGUCAUCAACCUGCAGACGUGGGUCGUCCUGCUGGACUUCCUGGGGAUGGGAGCCAAGGUUUACGAUGAGGACUUGGUGCAGGAGAGAGCCAAGAUGUCUCGCACCAUGUCCAAAAUGACUAGCAUGGAUGAUUCACCAUUCUAUGAGGAAGUAAUCAACACAGAGGUCAACUUAAACAUUCAGAGCCUCUCUCUCAUACUCAACAAACCCGAUUACGAACUUGCUAAAGCUAGCGUCUCAAAGGUCGGCGCUCAUGUGUCACUUCGCGACGGAAACUUCGCCAUCGUGGGAAAGCUAGGGAGCAUGUCGCUGAUGGAUACGUCACUUCAUGGAGCAAUGUAUCGUGAGAAGUUCAUGACCUUGGGAGACCAGGCCCUUGACUUUGAUGUUUUUAAAUAUGGCACUCCUGACCCUGGUAAUGUCCGACCUCACGACAUCCGUGUCAAACUGCGCAUGGCAUCCGUACGGUACACCCAUACCCAGAGGUUCAUGUCGGAGACGAUAGCGUUUUGUCAGCACUUCAUGCAGCUACAAGAUUUACUCGGAAGGAUGAGAGCUGCGUCUGCUGGAAAAAAGAUCAGUGAAACAGCUACACGAGGAGCAAGAAUAUCCUUAGACGUUGUUGCCGGUUCUCCCGUUAUACUGAUACCCCACAGCUCCCUCUCUAAAGAUAUCUUAGUCGUGGACUUGGGAACACUGACUGUGUCCAAUACGUUCCUUGUCAAUGGCUCAGAGGGGUCGAUCUUGGCCACAAUGAAGGAUCCCUUCGUAUCGGAGAAGGAGGAUGAGAAGAAACCGGAUGCUCCCUUGAAUAGUACGAUGAAGGGCGCCGAGCAGAGCAUGUCGGGAAGUUUUGAUAUAAACGCUAGUGUGAUCAGCCACGAUUUCGAUUUGAGUGGCAGCACUUCUAGUCUGAACUGUAUGGAUUACUCCAUGUUUGAGAGUUCGUUAGGCACUCCCCCAGGAUGCACCUUACCGGAUGGGUCGCCACGCGAACAAGACAAUAUCAGCAUCAAGAGUGAUGUAAACUUGUACUCGCUGAACUCUAUGACUAAAAGUGUGUACGGAAGCUUAGACCAUGACUUGCGCGAGGAAGCAUUUAAGCCGAUUAAUCCGGCUACAAAUAAAUUAACGUUGGCCGAUUUUGAAGUAUUGAAUCCAAGUCCUGUUGAUAAGUCCUUUGCCAACAGUAUGGACAGCUCAAGUCCUGAUAUGAAAUCCUUCGAAACUGUUGAAGGGAAUGAUUCAGUUUAUGAGAGUAUGUCAACUUCGCAGUUGCAUUCUUUGAACUCAAUUCCAUGUGCACAGGGUCAAAAUGGCCAUGGAUCUCAACCAAAGUCGCCAACAACGCCGAGAUCUGUUGAUGAAAAACGGCAGAAGUUUUCGGGCAAGGUGCCACCAUCUAGUGGUACUUUUUGUCAGAGUCAUGCGGGAAGUGAAAUAUCUUACUUCUGUCUCUUGGAUGUGACGUAUGUUGAUUUGGUGGACAUGGAUCUCUUCUCGGCCGAGCGCGUGGAGAAGAAAAGUUACGCUGGAAAUCUGGAUGCAGAUCUGGAGUUCCCAUCGUUUGUGGUACAGAGACAGCCGAACAAGCCGCUGAAGGAGAAGUGUGUCCUCAAGCUGCAAGUCGAGCGAAACCUUGAGGGAGACGUGAGCCAUUCCUCACCAGACUUUGCCAUCAUGGGCAUGCUGUCAGCCGUCGAAUGUUCCAUUGACCUCGCUCAGUAUAAGCUCAUCAGGGGAAUCCUGGACCACAAUCUCGGCGAACCGCUGGAGGAAUUCUUUUCAAAGACGCUGAUGUCACAUUUGCAGGAUCCGAAGAUUCAUACUGUGCUUAGUGGUGAUGUCUGGAAAUGUGUCUCCAUCAACUUGGACCUUGUGAACGUGAGUGUGGAGCUUCUCCACGAGCACUUUGCACCCAGCAAGAAAGAAUCGUCCCUGGCGAAGCUUGACUUCAUCUCAUCGCGACUGACGUAUGAGAGUUAUUCCGACCAGUCGAAAGAUGUGGAUUUGGUUUCCAAGGAGAUUGUUGCCUCGGACACCAGAUAUCAAGACCAGCCAGUGAACACAAGGCCAAACGUCUUUGAGAACGUCCUGCAACCCUUGAGGCAGCGAGGCAAGAACGACAACACCCUCCAGCUAGAACUUCACUACAGGUCGACCAAGCUGUACACCAGGUUCACGAUCCUGCUCAACAACAUGAGGCUGAUGGGGGUCAUAGACUGGCUAUUGGCUGUCAAGGAGUACUUACUCACGAAUCCCGACAACCCAUUUCUAAAAGAGGAAGACUCGAGUCUGAAUAUGAUGGGCAAGUCUGGCAUGUAUGAAAGUCUGCGCGCCCAGACCAAGAGUCCCAUGAAUGUGGGGGGUGGCAUUGUCACCAAGAGAGUACCUGUCUAUGAAAAGCCAGCAGAAAUUCCAUUCGAGCUGAAGCUGAAUGUAACUGAGACAGAUAUUGUGGUUGUGGAAGACACGACAGCUAGGGACACCAAUGCUGUAAUACUUAAGAUGACUGCAGUGUUGACCCACAAACCAUCCUUCUCAGAGCGCCCUCUAUCAUGCAGUCUACAGAGUCUCGAGGUGUUCUCGUGCUGCCUCGCAUCGGAAAAUGAGACGGCGUUGUCGAUCAUUGACCCGAUGACGAUUACAAUUGAGAUGAACGGCAAUGGUGCUUGCAUACCGAGGAAUGUUGAGCCGAGCGGUUUGCUCGAUGCGACGCUGGAUGAAGAUAGACCACCACUCUUAGAGGUUGGCUUCAGCACCAUGAAUAUCCGACUCUCUUACAAUGACAUGCAGCUCUUUCUUGCCAUUAUGAACUCACUGCCCAAACAGGCUGACCAAGCAAAGAAUCAAGCUGUGAAACCUGAUCUACUUGAGGCAAGCGAAAUAACCCGGAGCAUGACAUCUGCUGUAGCUGCUGAGGAGAAGCCUGGGAUGCAGGUGUCUGGGGUCGAGGUUCGUGCGAGUCUCAUAUGUUUGUGCCUGAUUGACGAUUGUCAGGACGCUGACGUGCCGCUCGCUGAAUUCAACUUUGCAGGUCUCCAUUUCCUACAGAAAUUCCAGCACAAGUCUGCUGGCCAGGCCAACUUCAAGUUAUCAGCUAACUACUUCAACAGAGUGCUGUCUGGCUGGGAGCCAGUCAUUGAACCAUGGGGAUGCCAGCUCGCCUGGAACAGGACACCAUAUGAUCCAGAGAGAGAGAAAUUGACAGUCAAUGUCACUGCAUCUGAUGUGCUGAACAUCAACGUGAGCUCAGUCUUGAUGGAACAGUAUAAAAAGACCAAGAAGAUCUGGAUGGAUGACUAUUACAAUAUGAUUGACGGCGAGGAAAACCCCAAUCCAGUCAGUCGGACUGUCUCCAGUCACAAGACGCGGACGCCGUUUGUGCCAUUCAUGAUUCGCAACCACACAGGAUGUAAGCUCUGGUUUGCUACGGUCACAACCGCCCCUACUCGUUUUGUGAAGUGUGUCAGAAUCUCUCUUGCCAAGUCAAACAGCCGCAUCAGUGAAGUGGAGCCCGUGUACCAUGCUAGUCAAUGGAAACAGGUCAAACCUGGUGAAGAUAUGGCCUUCACGAUUGAGGGCAGAGAUAAAAUGAGACACAAGAGUACCCACGAGUUGCGUGUCCACCAGCUGGUUGUGAAAGUGGAUGGAUGGAACAAGACCUCGCCCGUUUCCGUCGACAGGGUUGGUGUCUACUUUAGGACAGCCAAGCCAGAGAUCAACAAGUCAUCUAGUAUUUUCACCGAUCUGCCACCAGCUCGGGUUGUGUUCGCUGUGAAUCUGGAGGGGAGUGCUCGGAAGGUGAUCACAGUUCGCUCAGCUCUGCAGGUAGUCAAUAAGCUGGAUGAGAGAGUCAUUCUCAGGUUGAAUCCAAUGGAACCUAUGGCUGGAGAAAAAUCCCACUUCGUGUACCUCGAAUCAAACUCGACGAUGCCAAUCCCAUUGGCGUAUGUGACACAUCGGAUCUGGGCACGACCUCUGGGAUGCUGGUCUGUUGACUUUUGCAACAAGCCUAUCCACUGGCAGCAUGUCAUGAGGCCAGGAGAGAUUCGAGACAGUAUUAGGACGUGUAAUACUCAGAAUGGAGAACAAGAGACUUACAGGUUCUGUGUGGCAGUCAAGAGAGAGGGCUACCCGGCUGAGUCCCAUGUCAAGAAGGGACUUCUAACGAACAGCGUCUAUGUCCAGCCUGGUCACUCGAUCACACUAGCGCCACCAGUGGUCAUUGAGAAUCUAUUGCCGGUGGAGCUGCACUACUACUUAAAGAUGACGGAUAUUAAGGGUACAGUCAAAGCUGGCAAGGAAGCGGCUCUGUAUUCAGCUGAUCUGACUCAGCAGAUGGAACUUGGAAUAAAGCUGGAAAACUUUGAAAAAUGCCGUGAACUGGUCAUCCCGCCAGGAACGACCAACUACCUUGUCAAGUUGCGUGUUUACGAUAACAACGAUCGUCUGCUGAAUCUUCAAGUGCGCAUCAUGGCAAAGCAUGGAGGAUCAUUACGGCUGACUGUCUCCGCCCCGUUCUGGCUCAUCAACAAAUCAGGCCUUCCAAUCAUCUUCAAACAAGACAACGCCAAACUUGAAGCAGCGGGACAGUUUGAGGAGCACGAGCUGGCCAGGAGCGUUACACCACUCUUGUUCAGUUUUGCCGACAAGGAGGCUCCAUUCUUGUGCAGUAUGCGCAUUGGCAAGUCCCUACAUGACCCAGGCACGAUAUCAAAAUGGUGUUCACGGUUCCAGUUAGAAAGCGGCAUUGGGAUGAGGAAGCUGCAUGUGGCGGCCCCUUGGAAGGAGUCCAAACCUGAUCUAGAAUAUCAUAAUUCGGUCAAUCCAAACAUGCCAAAGUUAAAAAACCUGUUUGUGAGGGGGGUGCAGCGUCUAAAACGUAAAAAUCAUCCGAAGGAAUGGGUGUAUCAUAUAGGUAUCGAAGUGCGCCAAGGAAGAGGCCGGUACCGAGACACGACCAUUGUCAACUUUGCCCCCAAGUACCAACUAGACAACCGCACGCGCCACAAACUAGCUUUCGGCCAGAGUAGCAUGACAAAAGGAAUGGGCACGAAAAAUCCUGAUGGUCACACCGCGGCCGUUCCAAACUGCCACGUGCCGUUCCAUUGGCCGACUGAGGAGAUCGAACCGUUACUCAGCGUGAGGCUCCUGGAAGACCCUCACUGCCAAUGGUCUGGCGGAUUCAGUAUCAACGUGCUACAGUCGUUCCAUGUCACAAUGAGAGGAGAGAAGAACCAGUGUCUAUUCUUGCGAGUGGAGGUCUACCAACACGGUGUCGGUGCCACCAACUUCGUGGUGUUCACGGAUGCUGACCAGAUGCCUCCGCCGUUCCGGGUGGACAACUUCUCGGAGGUGCCCAUCACGUUUUAUCAGACAAAGAUCAUGGAGGACAGGCUCAAGACCGUGCUAAAACCAAAAUCUUCAAUGCCCUAUGCCCUCGACGAGCCAAACCUACCCCCGCACGUCACAUGCAGUGUCCAGGGCGGCUCUUGCUCAACAUACAGCAUGAGCACCCUCGGUAAUGGUGACCAGCUUUGCUAUGAGAACUUCAUAUACAUUAGAUUCACUGGCACCUUUUCCACCGAUGAUGGCAGUCCAAUCCACCAAAGUUGGCUGGGGUACGACCGCGAUAUCGAGACAAGAGAACUGGUGCUGGACGUUCCUAACGGCAACAUGGUCACACUCAAACGGAAAGAGCAGGACAAGCGAUCGCAACUCUGGCGCAUGACGAGUCAGGGCAUGUUGCAGCACGAAGGGUCUUCGACGCCGCGGGAUCCUAGGCGGCCCUCCAUGACGCAGACGAAUGUGUUUGUGUUGGAUAUCGAAGACAUUGCACUGCAGCCGGGGCGGUCGGUCAAGCUGAUGCUGCGUAAGCCAGAUGAGAGGAGGAAGUCGACGCAGACUUGGAGGUUCACAGAGGAUGGUCGCCUGCAGUGUAUUCGAGAUGGGAUGUGUGUCCAAGCUAAGAUUGGAACCAAUGGAUUAUCAGGUCUCAAAGAUGGUUGCCCGGCUUUUCUUGGGAAGUGUUCCUCGAAGAAGUCCAUUCCGAUCGAGAUGGCUGUCAGCCGAGAGAAGCUGCGUCCUGGAUCGGGCAUGUUGUCAGUCAAGGUUGUACCAGACGGGCCGACACGAGUUUUGCAGAUUACUGAUAUCAACUUCAAGGAGGUGAGCCAGCAUGUGUCCCAGUCAACUGAGUGGGUGGUGGUGAAGGAGAACCACCCCAGGGUCAGGCAGAUGGAUGAAAUCAAGGCGGCAGCAGCCGAAGUGAAAGUGGCUCAAGACAUUGAGUUUUCUUUCCAUCUGAGUGGAGGUCUCGGUGUCUCGCUCAUCAACCACGUGCCCGAGGAGCUCGUCUACAUCUCACUCAAACAGUUUGACGUGGAUUACCUCAAGAGGCGUACAGAGCAUAUCUUUGAAGCGAGCAUUCGCAAUAUACAGGUUGAUAACCAGUUAUUUGGUGCCCACCGUCCAGUCAUGCUGUUCGUGACGCCAGCAUCCCGUAAGAAACGACAGUUUGAUGAAGAGGAACCAGCUCUCAGCAUCAAAGCUCACAAGAUACCAAACUCAACCUGGAAUGCUGAGAUAUUCAAACACCUGCUGAUCUCCAUGAAAAGGACCACACUUCAGUUGGAAGAAGAACUGCUCUGGAAGUUGCUUCAGUUUGCAGGAUACAACCAGAUUGACACAGAGUUUCAAAAACUCGACGAAAGUGACUAUGACUCACAAAAGGCAUUGUCUGCAGCGUCAUCUGUCCAGUCAAAGCGGUACUACUUUGGCAAUCUCCGCAUCAACACGAGUCGUAUCUCGCUGAGUGUCAUCACGGCUAAUAAGUUGUCUCCGGAUCUUCUCGCCAUCAAAAAUGCGCUCAGCAUCCCGUUGAUCAAGUUUGAGGAUGCCAAGGUGGAGAUUGACCCCUUCACGCGGGAGCAUCCGUUUGAGACAAGUGCGUUGUUAUGGGAUGCCUUCCUCAUGCAUUAUACCAGGGAAUUAAAGGGACAAGCUGCCAAGAUCCUGGGGUCUGUCGACUUCCUUGGUAACCCAUUAGGUCUCUUCAACGAUGUCACAGAAGGUAUCUCGGGACUCAUCAAGGAUGGCAAUGUUGGUGGACUAGUGAAGAACGUCACUCAUGGAAUAUCAAACUCAACUGCCAAGUUCACCGGUUCGCUCUCUGAUGGCCUGGGGACCGUAGCAAUGGAUGACAAGCAUCAGUCGAUACGAGAUGCCAUCCGCAGCCAUCACAGCGGUUCAAGCAGUGACCACCUGGUGGCGGGCUUCAAGGGAUUGGGAUUCGGUUUACUCGGCGGCAUAACGAGUAUUGUACAGCAGACGUACAAAGGGGCCAGCCAGGAUGGAGUCGAGGGCUUUUUCACAGGAUUCGGUAAAGGUGUGGUCGGCACGGUCACCAAGCCAGUGGCAGGCGUUCUGGACCUGGCAUCCGGUGCUGCCAGUGCAGUCAGGGAUACAAGUAAAAGCAAAUCCAGACAUCGGCCCAACCGCGGGAGGGAGCCUCGAUGCGUCCAUGGUGCGGGCGGACUUUUACCUGUCUACUCCAAUCAUCAUGCUAAUGCCCAGAAGAUGCUCUUUACACUUAAUGGGAACAACUUCAAUGAAAUGUUCAUCGCCCUUGAGCAGAUGAGGUUUGGCCAUUCCGACAACCUGCGUGUGCUCAUCUCGAACAAACAGGUGUAUUUCCUGAAGCGCGGCGAACCGGACCCAGAGGCGAUCAUUCUCAAUGUUCCAUAUGAGGAGCUCUAUCACAGCAGGUGUAUCGAAAAUGACAAACGAGCCUACCUUGAACUUACCAUGAAGGCUGACAAUCACAAGGGCGUACCUACACCGAGUCAGAAUCCAAAAAAACGGCCCAUUGUCAGGUGUGACUCUGAGAAUAUAGCACAUAAGGUGGCACAGCAAAUCAAUUACGCCAAGACGCUCUAUGACGAGAUGAAGCAGACAUUAAUUAUCGAAAAUGAAGAUGAAGAAGAGGUGUGAGGAAAAUGUGGAAUGAUAUAAAGAACUAGUAUCUGUCACGUGGAGAAAAAGAUUGACAAUUUUAUCGAGCUGUUAUGCUGAAGAGAGGAGCGUUUUACAAGAAAUGACAAGUUGAUGGUGUGCUAAAGGAAUUUAUAGAGUUGAGGCUGAAUUGUAAAUCUGAAUGUAGUUCCCCAAUUAGCUAUCAGUUCCAUCAAAAACAUGUGUUUUUGGUUACAUGUAUGAUCUCACUAAUGGGAGCGUCGAUUUUUACCCACACUGCCUGUGUGCUAAAAAAAAUGAAUAAUGCAUUUUUCUACUGUCUAUAUAAAGAGUGGGAACAAAAUUGGAAAAACUUUGUAGCUUUCAGAAAAAUAUUUACUAAUGAAACAGGAGGGAAACAAGUAUACUGAAAUGAAAGACUGCUCACUCGUUGAAGGAAUUCAUGCUGGCUGUCCUUGGUUGUCAAAUCGAGACCGCUUGGUAGACCAGAAAUGCAGACUAAAAGUUUUGGAUAUGAUCUGGUCAGCCAUUUUACUUGGUCAACCGUUUAACCUCUUGACUUCUCGGCAGCUUGUCUAUUUCAUUUAAUUCAAAUGGAGAUUCUUCGGUAAUGAAUUCAUAAUGGUAGUGAUCUUCAUUCUACCAACAAUGGUAUUAUUUGUCAUAUUUGCGGGGUUGUUUUAGCGAAUGAAAUCAGAGGUGGUGUUUGGAAGUUUGCCUAAGCUUUCAGGAAAUGUCCACGUCCCUUCAGAAGAAGAUGACUAUGGUCAAAUAGCAGUUGAAUAAGUCGUCAAGGUAUUUUUCCCUUAGUUUUGUGAAAAAAUUCUCAGGUCCUAACAAAGAGGAGACAUUGACAAAAGGGGAAUGGAUAUUUCUUGAAAACUUUGGUGAAAUUUGAUAUACAUGUAAUGUGUUUGGUUUUUUUAGAAUGAGAAUUACUCUCUACCGUAUUCAUUCUUAGUGUGAACACAUAUCAACUGUUAAUAAAGCUGUUUAUGUUUGUGCAACUGUAUGUUGACUAUUCAAGUUUGACAAUGGCCCCUUGUUUUAUAAUAUAACUAACUUGGCUCUCCUUGUUGAAAGUUAAUGCAUUUCAUCUUGGUGAAAAAUUGUGUACCGGUAGUUCAGCCUGUAAUGUAAGGCUCAUAAUCCUGUCUGUUGCAGAAUUGCAAGAUGAAGUUUGCACUGCAGGGACGGUCCAUAUCAAAACAUUGAUGUGAAUCGCAAUUAAGAAGAGAUGUGCAUGUGAGCAUGUAGGUAUAAGUUCAUGAACAUUCUUCUAUUUAGGUUAGCUUGUUGUCAGUACAAUGAGGAACUUUAUAUCAAUAGGCGGCAGAAGUUACUGGUCCAAUACACAGUAGAUUUCUGGCCCGUGUCAUUUUCAUCCGCAUAAGGUUCUACUGUAUAAUGUAUUGGACCAUCAAAUGUCACUGCCAUCUUUUGGCAAUAAGGUCUUUCGUUGAGUGGGAUAUUUUUUCGAUGUUCCCUGUACAUCUUUCUCAAUGUGAUACUCCUACAUUCUUAUGUGCUUCUGAUGUUUCAUUCAUGGUUGUGUUCAUGGUUUGUUAAUAUGUACAUGUAUGAUGGAAGUUGUCAUGUCUUCUGUGCUAUAAUAUGAAUAAAAUAUGUGUAAAUAUGUGUGUAUUCCUCAGGCAGUUGUUCCCAUGGCUUAAAGAGGUCAUGAACAAUCAUAAAAUUUAGCUUUGAAAUGAAAUGGCUAAAUAUUUUUUAAAUUUCAGAAAAAUGUACACUCAUAAACAUUUCUGUUAUUUUCUUGCCAGUUCAAAAUGAUUCCCCCUCUCGAAUUUGUAUACGGUAGCUCUGUGAAGUUCCACGGAAAAAAAGUUAAAAAAUGAACUGUUAUUUUCUUGCUAGUUCAAAAUGAUUCCCCCUCUCGAAUUUGUAUACGGUAGCUCUGUGAAGUUCCACGGAAAAAAAGUUAAAAAAUGAACUGUUAUUUUCUUGCUAGUUCAAAAUGAUUCCCCCUCUCGAAUUUGUAUACAGUAGCUCUGUGAAGUUCCACGGAAAAAAGUUAAAAAAUGAACUGUUAUUUUCUUGCUGGUUCAAAAUGAUUCCCCCUCUCGAAUUUGUAUACGGUAGCUCUGUGAAGUUCCACGGAAAAAAAGUUAAAAAAUAAACUGUUAUUUUUCUUGCUAGUUCAAAAUAAUUCCCCCUCUCGAAUUCGUAUACAGUAGCUCUGUGAAGUUCCACGGAAAAAAAGUUAAAAAAUGAAAGGUUCUUUGAGUGGAAACCUUUUCUCUUAUGGUCAUACACUUUAAUAUUAUUGAUACAUAUUGUGACUAAGUGUUCUGGGUGCCAAACCAUAGUGCCCUCUUGUUCAUAUUUAUUUACCUAGUGGUUGUUUCCCUGACCUUAGGUCGGAAACCCAACGCUGAAAAUAGAGCAGCUUCCACAAUCAGAUUGUCAGUAUUGGAGUUGUAUUCACAGAAUUCUCUAUUAGGCAUGAUAUAGACUUUGUAAUUCGUAUAGUAACAAAAGAUAGAGGACACUAUUUUCUUUGACUAUCAGGAAAAAUAUGAGUUAUAUUUCCGUUUUUAUAUAAUGAUUCUCCCAAAACUAACAAGAAUAUAACAUCUACCAAACCUUAUUCCCUGAAUGCAACUCUGAUAUUUGAAUAAUGGAUACAGCUUUGCUUUUUGUAUACGGUUCCUGAUCGGGUUGGGUGUGAAAUAACCUGUGGGUUUUUGGUGUCAGUAAGAGUGUGAUUUUAAACUGAAACUGUGAUUUAAGUUGUAGUGUAUAAAAGAAGGAAGCGCUGUAACAUAUUGUAUUAUAUUGUACAUACUCAAAAUGAUUUUAGUAAAGAACUCUUGUAUGAAGAA